AGAGAGCUGUAUAGGGGAUCAGCUCCCAUAUACUAUGAAUGAUGUUACAGGGAAAAUGCGUAGAAGCAGGAGAGCUGCCACUGCACCAGAACCAGAUGUGCCCGACGAGGUGUCGGCACAGGAUGAGGCGCCUGCCCCGAGGAGGCGGGGUAGGAGGCCUAGAGCUGCUCAAGUAGAGGAGCAGCCAACCCCAGUACAGGAACAGUCCUUUAUGGCACAGGGUCCCAUGGACCCCAUGGCAGCUACUCUAGCUGGUCUGCAGAGAACCAUCGACAUGAUGGCUCAGUAUAUGGUCCAUCCUCCACAGCAGCAGCAGUCCACCGCACCAAGAGAGGAAUCUUACAAACAGAUCAUCAACUUCAAGAAGUUGGUGCCUGGUACCUAUGAUGUGUCAGACGAUGCAUAUCGGUUUUUGGAUUCUCGCAUGUGCAGAACAGAAUUACGAUUGGUCGAUAGAAGACUGAUAGAGUAUAGAGAUCGAUUCUGUGUGGAUGACAAUGGAAGAGCAAAGAAGAACAAAGCAGAGGGUUCUCGUGUCCCACCCAUGGCUACUACAGCAUGCAGAAAAGAGACCACUGAUUCAGGAGGUACAUGA